AAUUAGCUCAAAGUUCAAAAUGGAAAUACCUCCCCACAACUUCAAGACACUUUUCAAUUUACUUUUCAUAACUUCAAAAGUUGACUAAAAAUCUGCUUAUAAUUCUUCUGUUCCCUUCUGCUUUCACACCCGGGGCACUGCCUGUUUCUGCAAACCUAGACGACAAAAAGUGCAUCCAAUUUAUCAUGUCGAGAGGCAAAUGCCUUGUUGUUGUAGUAAAGAGUGUCAUUAGAAAUGAUGAUAAAGCCACCUAUCAAUUCAACAUUUCCAUGCUACCGUCCAAAUUAGGCAACAUCUUAUGUAUUUACAUAUAGUUCUUGAAGCUUGUGCUGCCGAGACACUUGAUCUCUAAUGAUCGUUCUGUAAACUUUCUGCGAUGUACCUGGUGUUGCAAAAAGUCUGCCAUAGCAUGCUAUAGAUAAUCAUGAUAUGGAUUGUAUUUGUGUGGGUAUAUAUGAAUUACAGCCUGUGGUUUUAAUACUAUGAGAAUGAUAAAGUAGAAUAUAUUGUGCUAUUUAAGACUUCCUUGAGAAGUUGGAACGUGGAAAGUGACAACUAAUAUUCUAUGUGCCUUGAGAACAUUGUAUUUACGUAUUUGAACCUUAAUACAAUAGUUUCUGUUUUCUCUUUUGUGUUAUUUUUGGUCAAUAUAUCAUUUGAUGUUAUGUAACUGAAAGAGUGCUUUGAGCAGGCAGAAGUGAAUAAGUUUUAUUGCAUGGUACUCUAUUAGACUAUAUUCCCUCAAAGCGCACACGUCUCUAUAUCUUCCCCCCCAGCAUCACUUUGUCCAUGCAGAUAUACAGAUCGUAGGGUAGGGGCUUAAUUAUUUCUUUCUUUCUUUCUUUCUUCUUUUUUCAAUUCGUACUUUGCAUUUUCCAAUGUGAUCUAAUUAUCCACUUUAUAUUUAGGAAAACUCUUACAUGCUAUUAAUGAAAAGUUGCACGCGAUGUCGAUUGGAGGCUGUAAGAUAUAAAUAUAAUCAUGUGUGUGUGUGUGUGGAUGAUUAGCCACUGAUUAAUUCCAGACUUUGUUGUUUGUCUUGCAAUUCUUUUCAUAAAUUGGUAUUCUUAGAGCAAAAGGCUUGUCAGAGCUUCGAGACACAUGCUUAGUCAUGGAAAUGAUGCUCCAAUCAAGUUAGUAAUUCUGAUCUUUAUAAUUUUUGUUCAUUCCUGCCUGGUCUAGUUAUGGACUAUUAGGAGCCCACUUAAGAAGCUGACAGAACCAAAACAAGGCCACAACGAGGAAAUAACACACGGCAAUGAAGAAGACCAGCCUACAGAGUCUAACUGACAAAUUGAUGAUAUAGGAAAUAUCAAGGUCAGGCGAAGCUGAUACAGAAGAGGACAAGAAAUCAGACCAGCAAACUCAAGCGAUUUUGAAGAACUGUCUCUAACUGCACAAAUUUGGGGUCCAGCCAAACACUGAAGCAGCCACGAUGGGCAUAAUCAGAAGUUGCUUCUCUUUCAUAGCAGGGACGGUCUGUGGGGUUUACUUGGCUCAGAACUAUAAAGUUCCAAAUAUCAAGAAGCUUGCUGACACUGCCAUGGUCAUGGCCAAGCACGUUGAGGAGCAAUAUCGCAAACCUAAGAAGGGUAAAGAUGACGACAACUAUGAUUAGUGCCUGUGAGAUGCCACAUCAGAAUCAGAUUCUUGCUUUUUUUUUGUUUUUCUUUCAGUCCUGGAUUAUAUAGGAUCAAACGUGUUAAUGACAAAUUAUCGAGAAACACGAGUUAUUCAAUUCUUGUUAUAGAAGUGUUUUGAGCAUUAAAAUUGCUUGCUUUGGAUUUUGUAACAAGAGAAAGAAGUUGGUCAAUGCCUUUCAUGGAUAGGAGAGAACUUGACGGAGCUGGAAAUUUUAUCUUACGAAUGAGUGGAAAUGGAAAUGUAUCAUUCCAUCUUUCAGACUUGACUA